CCUGUGCUCACUGUCGUCGGUUGUGGACCCCACAAGGUGUGCCUGAGGAGAGGAUGUUCCAGACCAGAGCUGUGCUCCUGAGAGCCCUCUCCCUGGCUUUCCUGCUGAGUCUCCCAGGAGCUGGGGCCAUCAAGGCGGACCAUGUGUCAAUCUAUGCCACAUUUGCACAGACACAUGCACCAACAGGAGAGUAUAUGUUUGAGUUGGAUGAGGAUGAGCAGUUCUACGUGGAUCGGGACAAGAAGGAGACCAUCUGGCGUCUGCCAGAGUUUGGCCAAGUCUUUUCCUUUGAUUCUCAGGGCGGGCUGGCUGACAUUGCUGUAUUAAAGUCAAACCUGGAUAUCAUGAUAAAGCGCUCCAAUCACACCCAGGCCGCCAGCGAGCCUCCCGAGGUGACCGUGUUUCCCAAGGAGCCUGUGGAGCUGGGCCAGCCCAACACCCUCAUCUGCCACGUGGACAGAUUCUUCCCUCCAGUGCUCAAUGUCACGUGGCUGCGCAACGGGCAGCCUGUCACCGAGGGUGUUUCUGAGWCUGUCUUCCUGCCCAGAACAGAUUACAGUUACCACAGGUUCCACUACCUGACCUUCGUGCCCUCCGCUGAGGACGUCUAUGACUGCAAGGUGGAGCACUGGGGCCUGGAGGAGCCGCGCCUCAACCACUGGGAGGUCCAGAAGCUGGUCCAGAUGACAGAAGUGUCAGAGACUGUGGUCUGUGCCCUGGGCCUGGUGGUGGGCCUGGUGGGCAUCAUUACAGGCACGGUGCUCAUCACAAGGGCUCUGCGUUCCAGUCGUGAUCCCCGGGCCAGGGGACCCCUGUGACAAAAUUCCUGAAAAGCAGAGGACUUCGGAGAGAUCUGAAUUCCAGCUGCCCUAUGGAUGCUAGWCUCAGCUUUCCUUCUCAAUUCCUGUGCUCACUUCACCACUGAUGGACUUUCUUGCUGACCCUCAAAUUCUUGUUUGUGGCCCUAAAGCACUUAGCCCUUAGUGAAGUUCCCGGUAAAUAGAAGGUGAUGAAUAUAUGUUGAGAUUUUUGUAGCACUGACAUGGAGAUGAUCUCUUCAGUGGGCUCCAUGUCCUCUGGUCUCCUUUGAAAAACCCUUCACUGCCUACUUCCUGUGACUAUCUCAAGAUCAAUAAACUCUUUGAUGUUUCAGA